CUAGCAUCACUCAUUUUCAACCAAAACCCAACCUAAUUAGCUUAAUCCGUAAAUAACUCGAGUUGGUGUUAAAAUUCAACCUUUAAGCUUAAUUCGAGAGUUUAGUGGAAAUCAUGGAUGUGUCCCCUUCCCAAAUUUAAAAAGGGAUAAAAGCCACAAUCUAGCAGUCCUUUUCUUCUAAUAUCUACAUCCUCCCUGCUUUCCCACCAAGAGAAAAUGCCAAAACUUGCACUAAUACCACCACAUGAUCACCACCGACACCACCGGCAGCUCCUCCUCAUCUUCCUCCUUAUCUCUGCCACCACUGCUGCCCCUGCCUCCGCUACCACAAAUUAUCAAGUAUUCAAGGAAGCUCCACAAUUUUACAACUCUCCAACCUGCCCUUCCAUUCACACCAAUGGAAUGUGCUGUGAUCAAGCUGUUCAUGUAGCAAUGGCCCUAGAUACAGCCUACUUACGUGGCUUAAUGGCCGCCAUUUUAUCCAUCCUCCAACAUUCUUCUUGCCCUCAAAACAUCCUCUUCCACUUCAUUGCCUCCGCCACCGCCAACCACCAACACUUCCGCUACACAAUCUUCCGCGCUUUCCCUGCCCUCGUCUUCCAAAUCUACCCAUACGACUCCAAAGCAGUGUCAGGCCUCAUUUCCACUUCCAUCCGCUCAGCACUCGACUGCCCUCUCAACUACGCUCGCAACUACCUCCCCAACCUCCUCCCUCGUUGCCUCCGCCGAGUCGUUUACUUAGACUCUGACCUCGUCCUCGUUGACGACAUGGCUAAACUCGCCGCAACACCACUGGGAGAUAGCUCGGUUUUAGCAGCACCCGAGUAUUGCAACGCCAACUUCACCUCCUACUUCACCCCAACUUUCUGGUCAAACCCUACUUUAUCUUUAACAUUUUCGGGCCGCAAAGCUUGUUAUUUCAACACUGGGGUGAUGGUGAUAGAUUUACAAAGAUGGCGUGCAGGAGAUUACACUACAAAGAUUGUAGAAUGGAUGGAGCUUCAAAAGAGAAUGAGGAUAUACGAGUUAGGGUCUUUGCCACCCUUCUUGCUUGUGUUUGCAGGUAACAUAGCGCCUGUUGAUCAUAGAUGGAACCAACAUGGGCUUGGAGGGGACAAUUACAGAGGAUUGUGUAGAGACUUACAUCCUGGUCCGACUAGUUUGUUGCAUUGGAGUGGGAAAGGGAAGCCAUGGGCGAGACUAGAUGCUAACAGACCUUGUCCCUUGGAUGCUUUUUGGGCUCCUUACGAUUUGCUGCAAACAUCCUCUGCUUUGGAGUCUUAAAAAUAUUGGUGUAUAUCAUACCAAUAAAUCUUUCUUUUUGUUGUUGCUAUUUUUUGUCUAUAUGUGUAUAUGGGAAAAAUAUGAUCUCAGAGUUAGGUUUCUGAAGAAGAGAAAUUAUCAAGAUGAUCUUCCCUUUCUCCAUUUUCAUUAUAUAUUUUGAAGGCCUGUAGUGUAGGCUGCCUUUUGUGGGACAAAGCCUUGAGAUUUUCGGAUUGAAACGGAUAAUAUGUUACAUAAAAUUUUCCAUAGGUGGAGCACUUGAGAACCAACCAAGCACACCAGUUAAUAAAAAUUACAAGUUCAGUUUGUUGAUUGAA